AUGGAAGGGUGGAAGGGUCCACGCUGCUAUCAAGGGCCAACUAAGCAUGAUUAUCGUUUGUCCUUCAACUUGAGGGCUGAUGUAAAAUCUACUAUUGAUUCUGCUAUUGCCACCAAUGGAUUUGAUUUUGUAGAUUUUGACGUUAUAGAGAAAGAGUCUUCUGAUUCCCCUUAUUUAGUAGAUGUCAUCGGUUUAGUUUCUGGAAUAGGGGAAGUUCGUGAGCAUAUUAUCUCUGGUAGGAAGACAAAAAUGGUUGUCAUGGAGCUUGAUAACCUCAGCGGUUACACGUUGUCUCAGUUAUCAAGUCAGUCCUCAUAUUCUUUUGAGAAUGAUUUCCUGAAAGAGACGGAAAGGAAGUGUAUCAGUGAUGUUAAGAAUUGCAGUGAGGUUACUACUUGCAUUACUUAUGGAACCAUAAAAUCGAUUGAGAGCAAAUAUAAAUGGUGGUACAAGUCCUGUAAUAAAUGUUCAUAUUCUGUUUAUGAAGAUUUCGAGAAAUGGUAUUGUAAAAACUGCCAAAAACAUUUUGAUGAUUAUUAUCCAAAAUUUUGUGUGCAAUUGAGAGUUGUGGAUAACACUGAUUCUGCAUCUUUCAUUCUGUUUGAUAGAGACUGUGUUGCUUUGUUGGGCAUGAGUGCUGCGGAUUUACGUGAGAAGCAUUUCAAAAGGGGUGAUGAUUUUGAGCACUAUCCUAAGGAACUUAAUGUUCUUAUUGAUAAAUCCAUGUUGUUUAAAGUGAAUGUGAAAAAAAAUAAUUUGGACUCAUACAGUGAGCCUAGGUAUCAGAUUUCUAAAGAUGAAGGAUUAUUUGACAAGGCUUGCGACAGUGUCGUUGCAUCAGCAGAACCGGAAAGAGCUACGGAUGUGGAAAGUCAGACGUGUGAUAGUGCAGACGUUGGUGAUAUUUCGCUAUCAAUGCUGACGCCGUUAAAGAAUCCUAAUGAUCCCCUUCAAGACGAUUUUAAUUCAUCAGUUGUCUGUCCUCCUAAGAAGAUUAAGCUAGAGAAAGAGUUGA